AUGCAGGAGAGGCCCCCCGGGGCCACCUGCCCGCCCGACGUGGGCAGCCCUCCUGGGCCGUGGCAGGCCUGCCCCAAGGUGGCCCCGGCCAUGUUCCACUCACAGCAGAAAGGUGGGAGCACGCCAGACGGCCGAGGUGAGCGAGGGUGGCAGAGGGUGGGCUGGGAGGAGACAGGGCAAGCCAACCUGCGGCCCAGGGUGAGCGCCGGGGAGGAGGCAGACCCCGAGACCGGGGACAGGGCUGUGGAGGGACCAGCGUGCGCGCGCGGUCACCCAGCAGGGCCCAGCGGACCUUGGGGACCCCAUCCACGCCCCCUCCAAGUGAGCCCUCGAGGAUGCCCACAGACCCCAACGGACGGGGACGCGGGCGGUGGGAUCAGCAUGAACAUGGUGCAGAUCCGAAGGCGCCCAGCUGCCUCCGGACCCGGCCGGUCGGGACGCCGCAGACCCAGCACGCUGCGGGCCCAGCACGCUGGACAUCGGGACGAGCUCCGAGGGCCUGAGCCGGAAGGGCUCCGAGACCCCCACCCUCGCCCCCAUUUCACGGACGCGGCCACAGAGGCCCGAGAGGGGUCGGAGCCUGCGGACAAGGGAGGGCUCGACAACUUGGCUGCGUCCCCUCCCGGCCCAGGGUCUGGAGGAGAGCGGCGUGAUGCCGAGGGCGACGAAUCGUCUUUUCCGCCCCCGCGCGGGAGCGUGGCGGGGACAAGCGCCCUUCUCCGGGAUCGGAGGCGGCAAACUCCCUGCUCGAGCCUCAGCGCCGCGCCCGCCCGCGGAGCCGCGCGCCGCCCUGGCGCAUUCCCGCCGGCCUCGCGCUCGGCCCCCCGCCGCCCGGGCUCCGGGGCUCCCAGGCCGGCCCCCCCCCCGCCCCCCGCAUCCAGGCGCAACAAGUCUGAAAGCAGCGCCGAGCGCCAGCAAGCUAGCCGGGAGGAAGGGCGCCGGGCCGGGCGCGGGGCGCUCCGGGAUCCCGGAACGCGCGCAACCCGGACCCGGCGGCACCCGGGCGUCCGGACGCAGAGUUUCGCUGCCGCCUGCGGUGGCUGCCUGGGAAGUGACCCCAGCAGGAGCCGCCGCGGCCCGGCAGAGGUACUGGGGCUGGGAGCCGCAUCCUCUGACGAGCCUUCCGGGCCACCUUGCUUCGCGGCGAUUUUCAGCUCCGCCGCCCCCUCCCGAGGCAGGCCCGAGACGCGCUCUGCCCUGCCCAGGGGGCCGCGGAGACUAGUGGGAGAGGGCACCCGGCCGGGCCCAGAGCCCCAGCCUGUCCGGGAGGGGGCGGGGGCCAGGCUCGUUCCUCGAGGCAGCUCCGCGCGGCUCCAAGCGAGCGCGGCGGCCGCGGAGGGCCGGCGGUCUCGGCCCGCUGGGAAUGGGGACCGAGGAGUGCCCGGCGCCUGGCCUCCCCGCUUCACGCGGAGAGGGCGCAGGGCCGACCCAAAGUUCGGAGCGGCUUAUCCGCGCGGCCUGUGCGAGCGAGCGGAAAAGAAGCCGAGAACGGAAGGAGCCAGGGCGUUCGUGUGUGUGGAGGGGGGCGGGCGGGCGCUAGGCAGCGGCCCCGCUGGCGAAGACUUGAUCCGGCGAGUUGCAAAUACCCAGGAGCGCCCCGCGUCGCCGGCGGCCGAGCCGGGCGUCCGGGCGGAGGGGGGGGGUCCUCCUGCCUCCGCCGCCCCCGGCCCGCUCCAGGCCUAG